GGCGAAAUGUUGAGGCUUCGUCCUUGUCCUCGUGCUCGUCCUGUCGUCGUUGUCGCUGCUCGGCUUCGUGCUGUGGCACUUCGUGCAGCGCUCAGCGUCCUUGCCUCGCAUUAUAAAAACAAGCGUCGUACGCUUCGAGCUCUGAGUUCUUCGCUCGUCGUCAGCCUGUUGCGUUCUCGGACACAGCCCAAAAAACAAAAAAAUAAUAAUAAUAAAAAGCCCAGCUCCACCAGAACAGCAGCAGGUCCUUAAGACCUACUUUAUGGCACCCAAUUAAAACUUCAAUUUCAAAAUAAAUUUUUGUGCGAAUAAGAAAUACUCAAAAUAUUCAAAUUUCAACAUUUUCUCUCUUGUCUCAUUUGGUUUAAGUGCCGUCGCGCGUGAGCACAUAAAAUAAAAUUUGUGAGCCAAUUUAAUAGGCCCAGCAAGUCGCAAAUCUUGAAAACCAUAAAUAUUUACCCAGUGUUAAGAUCAAACGAAUUAUUUUCCCGGCCAAUUACCAAAUUGAUAAGGUGCUAACGUUUUUAUGUGAGAAAAUUGUUACCAAACAGCCACAAAACAAAUAAAAGAAACGAAACUUAAUCGCAUUUUGGUGUCAUUUAACGCGUUAUCAAGCAGACGAUUUGCAUUUUGGUGGAUUAGUCCAUAUCAACGAUAUAACUGAAUGAUGAAAGCCACAACGUGGUUUUGCCCGGUGCUAUUGACUUUACUCAGCGCCACGAGGCUCGUUUGUACCGCACAGCGGGGUGCGGCGACAACGGCAGCGGGUGGCGGCGGCGGUGCCGGUGGAGCUGGUCGUGCAGGCGGUGGCUCAACACCAGCAGCAGCUGCAGCUGGCGGGGCGGGCUAUGCCAACGGAUAUCCGCUGGACUAUCUGGAUGCACAGGCCGUACAGGAUGAGUACGCCCUGGUGAAGCGAAAUAAACCGUCGCUGUCCAUUGUCAAUCCGUUGGAUGUGCUACGCCAGCGGCUGCUGCUGGAAAUAGCGCGCAGGCAGAUGAAGGAGAACACACGGCAGGUUGAAUUGAAUCGGGCCAUACUGAAGAACGUGGGUAAGCGUGUGUUUCUGGAGCCGGCGACUUGGGGCAACAGCCGCUACCAGCAGCAGCAGCAGCAGCAAUUGGAGCGACAGCGUGAGCUGCUGCGUCGCGAGCAGCUGCAGCAGCAGCAUUUCCCCAGUCAACUCUGGAGCUACGGCUGGCCGCAGACCGACUCCGGCUCUGUCGCCGGCUCUGUCGCUGGCAGCCCAGCAAUCUCUCCGGUCUCCUCCUCGGCGAUAGCUGCCUCACGGUUUUUUGAUUUUCUGCAGCCACUGGCAAAACAGCAGCAGCUGCUCGACGAUGCCAACAAAUCCCUAAACGCCGGCACCCACGGCCAGGGCGUGGCCAAACAUCAGCAGCCAAACGGAAAUGAAAUUGCAAACGAAACAAAUCAUUUAAACGGCAUUCGCAAAAGCGCAGCAAGCCUUCUGGCUGGCAUGGAGGAGGAGGAGGAGCAGCAGCAAGAGGAUACCGGCGAGGACGAGAACGAAAUGUUGGAUGAGCUUAACUUGAACUGGGCCAACGAGCAGCCGCCGAUGAAUGAUAUGGACAGACCCCUAGAAGCGGCAAAUGCAAAUGGACGGCUGCCCUGGCGUCUAAUCUAUCGCAUGCACAAAAAUCCACACUAUGCUAAUUAAGUGACAGCAGCUAAAUAUACAGAUACAAGUGCAGAUGCAGACCCAGAUACAGAUACAGAUACAGAUACAAAUACAGAUACAGAUUCAGAUACACAACACACACAGACACUGUUACACUGUUACAGAUACAGCAAACAGUUUUAGAGUUUAACUAGAUGUUAGUAGUUGCUAAAUUGACGGUUCCUAAUGGCUGGCUAUAAGGCAGGCAUAUUGUGUGUGCAACCCUCCGAUAAUCAAAUCCUCCCCCCUUUAAGCGACCUGUUGCUAAAUGUACACAAAGCUCACACUCGCACUUACUAUUUGAAUUUCGCCUCGGUAUUUGUGACUAAAUGGUUUAUGUAACGAUUCGUGCUACCUCUUUCUCAGAUGCUCCACUUAAACAAAAUAUAUAAAAAAAAACCACAUGAAACGAACGUUCCCUUAACACAACGUAAUUAUACUCAACAAUUGUAUUUAUUGACUAGCAAAAAAACUUAAAAAAAUAUAUAAUAAAGAAUACUAACAAAAAAAAUAAAUAAAUAUAUAUAUAUAUAUACAUGUAUAUGAAUAUGUUUAAUAGCAUAAAUGAUGUUGAUUAAUAAAAGUAAAUAACAUGUGUAGUUUUUAAAUAAAUAUUAUAAAGUGCAAUAUGCAUGCUUAAAUACAUAUAUAUAUAAAAUGCUUCAGCUAUUGAGUUUAAUAUUUAUUUAUUAAAUAAUGAAAUUUAAAAUUUUUAACUUUAACUAUGCUGAAUUUGAUUUCUUUAACAGCAGUUUAUUAAAUUCUCCGCUGGCGGAAUGCGUAUUUUCUUUUAGUUUAAUAUUUUUUAAGCAUUUUCAAAAGAAUAUACACUUAUAAUGUUCAGAUGCUCAAAAUGAAAAAUAAAUUGUUCCAAUUGAAUUUUAAAGAAUACUUACAAUAGUAAAAACCUUAAAGAUAUCACACAGUCAAAACUUACUGUCAAAUCUGAAUGCGACUGUCAACCCAAUCAGGCAUAUUAUAUCAUUAUUUUCAUUCCUUUCUUCCUUUAGUUAAAAUACGAAAGUUAUAACAGAGUUAAGAAAGAUGUUAAAGACACAAAAAAUGGUUGCAAAUCAUACAAAAAAAAUACGACUAACGAUUUUAAUGUAGAUGAGCUACUUAAUCCUAACCUAAACUUAUGCAUGUGAAAACUAAAACUCAAUUAAACUAUCUACAUAUAUACGAUAAACAAAUAUUUAUAUAUAUAUAUAAAUAUAUAUAUUAAAGCUAUGUGUUGUAAAUGGAUCGAGUCGACACACGAAUACGCUACCAUACACACACACACACUUAUGUAAAUUUAUGAGUUUUAUGCAAAACGAAAAGGAAACAAAGAUUAUUUUCUAUAUGUAAAUAAACGUUUUUCUCAUACCUAAAUAAAGCUGAAUAAAUGAAUGUAAACGCGAAGUCAAAUGAUUUGAAAUUCAAAACUAUAUAUAUAAAUGUUUAUAUACUACAUGGAUUAUAAUCGUAUAUGUACGCAUGUAUAUGUAUGUAUUUAUUUUAAUGAAACCAGUGAAUAAAAAACACAAAAUAUGAAAACGGCAUUCAA